AUGGAAACUCAAAGUGCUGAAGAUAAUAGUGGUGGUGUUGAUGUUAAUGUUGGAGGGGUUUCAGCUAAUGUAGAUGUUAUUGGUGAUUUGGAACUGAGUGUAGCAUGUUUCUCUGAGAAAGUUUCAAACUUGAGUAUUUUUGUGAUGAACUUGGAAACUUUGGAAGCUGAAUUUGAGGGUUUAGUUAUUAUGGGUGAAGAAAACAUGGACGUGGAGUGUGUUAUAAAGGGUUUUGAAUUCGAUUUGUUAUGUGGGGUGUUGGAUUCUGAGGUUAGAGAUUUGGGUUUGUUUUUGGAUACUCUUCAUGCUGGGAUUUCUGAUGCUAAAGAUAGAGUUUCUUCUUUUGAGGAUUGGCAAGAUAGGUUGAUUGAAUUGGAACGAUGUUUGAAGCUGUCGGAGGAGCAGUUUUACGAGAUUAAGAAACAAUCUGUUAAUUUUCAAAGGUUUUUUGCUUCUCAUAAGACGGAAGAGAAUGGUAAUGUUGAAGAGGGUGGAAAUGUCCAAGAGGAUAAUCAAGUUUUGGAUGUAAACAACACGAUGAACGUGGAAACAACUUUGAGGAUGCUUGAGAAAUCUCUAGCAAAUGAAAUAGAUCUCGAGAAGAAUUUCAACGACUCGAAGAAAAUUGAAGAAAGUCUUAAACAAAGGAUUGCUUCUUUACAAGACGAGCUAAUUCAAAUGGAGGAAGAAGCAAUUGAAGUUUGGGAAAGAUGGUCUGAAGCAGACAACGCCCGUGAGAUCCUAAAGGGAAUUUCAAAUGAAUUGUUGGCUAAACUCAAACUUUCUCAGUUCAAUUUGGCGGGUUUAAGAAAAAGUGAAUCCGAGCUUACAGCUAAGCUGGAAACUUGUAUACAACAAUUGAAAAGUAGAGAUGCUAAUUUGGACAAGAUAAUCGAAAGCAAGAAAGCCGAAGAUUCUGAAGCUGUCUAUUUAAGUAUCAAGGUGUGUUCACUUGAGAAGCAGCUAGAAGAAACUGAAUGCCAGUUAGUGAAUGUGAAAGCCUCUGCCGAUGAAUAUCAACAACAAUAUAAUGUUACGUGUUCUGAAAUUAGAGACAUGGAUAACCUUAUCAUGGAACUGAAAGAAAAAGCAUCGAAUGCAGAAAACUGGGCUAAUGCAGCAGAAGUUCAGUGCAAAGUAUUGAGGGAAACUGUAGAAAUAUACUUUAUAUUUCCUUGUAUUUUAUGA